AUGAAGCUGGACGUCAAGCGGCAGCUGUUCGCUCGCAGCGAGCGCGUCAAGGGCUGCGACUUCCACCCCACCGAGCCCUGGAUCCUGACCACCCUCUACUCGGGCCAUGUCCACAUCUGGAGCUAUGAGACGCAGCAGAUCGUCAAGAGCUUCGAGGUCACCGACGUCCCUGUGCGCGCCGGUCGCUUCAUUGCCAGGAAGAACUGGUUCAUCUGCGGCUCCGACGACUUCCAGCUCCGCGUCUACAACUACAACACAUCCGAGAAGAUCACCAGCUUCGAGGCCCACCCGGACUACAUCCGCGCCAUCGCCGUCCAUCCCACACAGCCCUUCUGCUUGACGGCGUCCGAUGACAUGACCAUCAAGUGCUGGAACUGGGACAUGGGCUGGAAGUGCAUCAGAACUUUCGAGGGCCACUCGCACUAUGUCAUGGGCUUGAGCAUCAACCCCAAGGACACCAACACAUUCGCCUCCGCCUGUUUGGAUAGGACCGUCAAGGUCUGGUCCCUAGGAUCGUCCACCGCCAACUUCACCAUCGAGGCCCACGACACCAAGGGUGUCAACUAUGUCGACUACUACCCCCACUCGGACCGUCCGCAUCUUCUGACAUGUUCCGACGACCGUACCAUCAAGGUCUGGGACUACACGACCAAGUCGCUGAUUGCUACCCUUGAAGGGCACACCAACAACACCUCGUUCGCCGUCUACCACCCCGAGCUGCCCAUCAUCAUCUCUGGUUCCGAGGACGGCACUCUCAGAAUCUGGAACGCAAACACGUACCGGUUCGAACAAUCUCUCAACUACGGCCUCGAGCGCGCCUGGUGUGUUUCCUAUCAGAAGGGCAAGCAGGGCGUCGCCGUCGGUUUCGAUGAUGGUGCCGUUGUGGUGAAGCUGGGUCGGGAGGAGCCUUCCGUCUCCAUGGACGGUUCUGGCAAGCUCAUUUGGGCCAAGCACAACGAGGUACUGUCCUCGGUCAUCAGGGGCGGCGAUGAUUCCAUCAAGGACAACACCCCCAUCACUCUGCCCACCAAGGAGCUCGGCACCUGCGAGGUCUUCCCCCAGACACUGGUCCACUCCCCCAACGGCCGCUUCGUCGCCGUCUGUGGAGACAACGAAUAUAUCAUCUACACUGCUCUAGCCUGGCGCAACAAAGCCUUCGGCUCGGCUUUGGACUUCGUCUGGGCCUCCAAAGACAACAGCAACGACUUCGCUAUCCGCGAGUCGGGUACCAGUGUCAAGGUCUACAAGAACUUUGUCGAGAAGUCCGGUGGCCUCGACAUCCCCUUCCAGGCUGAUGGUCUGACUGGUGGUGUCUUGCUUGGUGUCAAGGGAGCUGGUGGUGUGAGCUUCUACGAUUGGGCUUCCGGCAGCUUGGUCAGGCGUAUUGAAGUGGAACCAAAGCAGGUCUACUGGUCUGACAGUGGCGAGUUGGUUGCUCUCGCCUGCGAAGAUACCUUCUACGUCCUACGGUUCUCAAGGGAAAACUUCGUCGAGGCGGUGCAAGCCGGCCAGGUUGACGAGGAUGGCGUUGAGGCAGCCUUCGAGGUCAUCACUGAUAUCGCCGAGUCCGUCCGUACCGGAGAGUGGGUUGGUGAUGUAUUCGUCUACACCAACAGCACCAACCGCCUGAACUACUUGGUUGGUGACCAAACGUAUACCGUAUCACAUUUUGACACUUCGAUGUACAUUCUCGGAUAUAUUCAGCGCGAUUCGAGAAUUUACCUGGCCGACAAGGAUGUUAACGUUACGUCAUUCGCCUUAUCACUACCCGUUCUGGAGUAUCAGACGCUGGUGCUCCGGGAGGACAUGGAGUCAGCUGCCGAGCUGCUACCCAGCAUUCCCGAGGACCAGAUGAACAAGAUUGCGAGGUUCCUCGAAGGCCAGGGCCACAAGGAGCUUGCGUUGGAAGUCGCCACUGACCCUGAGCACAAGUUCGAUCUAGCGCUUGCCCUUCACCACCUUGACAUUGCUUUGGAGUUGGCAAGGGAUGCGGACGUCGAGCACAAGUGGAAGGCCGUUGGUGACGCUGCUUUGACCAACUGGAAUAUCCCGCUGGCCACUGAGUGCUUCGUGAACGGCAAGGAUCUCGGCAACUUGCUCCUGAUCUACACCAGCACUUGCAACCGUGAUGGCCUGGCUAAAUUGGCUGAGAUGGCCGAGGAAGCUGGUGUCAACAACUUGGCACACUUGGCCAAGUGGAGCAUCGGCGAUGUCGAAGGUGCCAUCCAGCUCAUGACCAAGACCAACCGUUACACAGAGGCGGCUUUUACAGCACAAACGUAUAAGCCGAGCUCGGCACCGGACUGUGUGCAAGGGUGGAAGGUAAAUCUGGAGAAGAACAAGAAGGGCCGGGUGGCCAAGAUUAUCGGUGUGCCGGUGGAGGAUGAUGAUUUAUUCCCCGAGUGGGAGGAGUGGUUGAAAAUAGAGCAGGAGGGUGGCGCAGUGAAUGGGGAGGCAGAAGUUGCAGAGGAGACGGAGGCAACUGAGGAGGCCGAGGAAGCCACCGAGGAAGCCGAGGCUGCUGAGGAAGACGAAGAGUAA